UGAGAAACUAGGUUAGUGGUCCGACAGGCAUGACGGUGAAGAGAAACUGGGUCACCGAUCGAGAGUCGUUUAUGUCACAGUUCUUCAGGUCGCUAUCGCACGUAACCAGCGGCUUUCAAUGGAUGGACCGAGCUCACUGGACCUGCUACCGGUUGAAACCGCUGUUUGAGGAUCAGUUCGCGCCGGGCCACUCUGACCAAAUGACGCAGAGCGGAUGAUCGGUCCACACUGAGACCGGACCGGAUCCAGGCGACACCCACCCGGCCCGUCCAGGAGGCCCCGUUCCAGUCUGCUAUCCAGGUGAGGGCCUCCAGAGUGGAUGGAAGGAGAUGACUUUAACACACAGGCUGUGAUGAACAUCUGUGAUGACCUGAUGGCCGACCAAAGGAUGGACAUCUCGUCUACAAUGACUGACUUCAUGUCUCCGGGGUCUACGGACCUCAUCUCCAGCUCCAUCAGCACGCCGGGCAUGGACUACACCCGCAAGAGGAAGGGCAGCACUACCGAUUACCAGAUUGACGGCUUCUCAUUUGAUGACAUGGACCCAGACAAAGACAAACUGGGAAGUGACCAGCAGGGCCGGAUUAAGAACGCAAGAGAGGCCCACAGCCAGAUUGUGAAGCGGCGCCGGGACAAGAUGAACAGCUUCAUCGACGAGCUGGCGUCGCUGGUGCCCACCUGCAACGCCAUGUCCCGCAAACUGGACAAGCUGACGGUGCUGCGCAUGGCGGUGCAGCACAUGAAGACCCUGCGAGGUGCGGCCAACCCGUACACGGAGGCCAACUACAAGCCGGCCUUCCUCUCCGACGACGAGCUGAAGCACCUGAUAUUGCGGGCGGCCGACGGCUUCCUGUUUGUGGUCGGCUGUGACCGCGGGAAGAUCCUCUUCGUGUCCGAAUCCGUCUACAAGAUUCUCAACCACAGCCAGAACGACCUGAUCGGCCAGAGCCUGUUCGACUACCUUCACCCCAAGGACAUCGCCAAGGUCAAAGAGCAGCUGUCCUCCUCCGACACGGCCCCACGAGAGCGGCUCAUCGAUGCCAAGACGGGUCUCCCGGUGAAGACGGACAUCACCCCCGGCCCCUCCCGCCUCUGCUCUGGAGCCCGCCGCUCCUUUUUCUGCAGGAUGAAGUGCAACAGGCCCUCCGUCAAAGUGGAGGACAAGGACUUUCCCUCCACCUGCUCCAAGAAAAAAGCGGACCGUAAGAGCUUCUGCACCAUCCACAGCACGGGCUACCUGAAGAGCUGGCCCCCCACCAAGAUGGGUCUGGACGAGGACAACGAGCCCGACAACGAGGGCUGCAACCUGAGCUGCCUGGUGGCCAUCGGCCGCCUGCACCCCCACAUCGUCCCCUCGCCCAGCCUGGCAGACAUCCGGGUGAAGCCCACGGAGUACGUCUCCCGGCACGCCAUCGACGGCAAAUUCGUCUUCGUUGACCAGAGGGCCACGGCCAUCCUGGCCUACCUGCCCCAGGAGCUGCUGGGGACCUCUUUCUACGAGUACUUCCACCAGGAGGACAUCGCCCACCUGGCCGAGUGCCACAGACAAGUGCUGCAGAUGAGAGAGAAGAUCAACACCAACUGUUACAAAUUUAAGAUCAAAGACGGCUCGUUCAUCACUCUGAGGAGCCGCUGGUUCAGCUUCAUGAACCCCUGGACCAAGGAGGUGGAGUACAUCGUCUCCACCAACACCGUCGUGUCGUGUCCUGUGAUGGAGGGAUCGGACUACCCUCAGUCCGCUGCCUCGCCUCAGAGCAUGGACAGCGUCCUCACCUCGGAGGGUGGAGGCAGGCGGGCGCUGCAGACGGUCCCGGGCAUCCCCGGCGGGACGCGGGCCGGAGCCGGCAAGAUCGGGCGCAUGAUUGCGGAGGAGGUGAUGGAGAUCCAGAGGAUCCGAGGCUCCUCCCCCUCCAGCUGUGGCUCCAGCCCCCUGAACAUCACCAGCACCCCCCCACCCGACACCUGCUCCCCAGGGGGCAAGAAGAUUCCCAACGGAGGGACGCCCGAGCUGGCAAGCACGGGGGUCCUGCCUGGACCGGACUCUGUGGGCUACCCCUACUCCAACCAGUCCAUCAUGAGCGACAACUCCCACCUGAGCAUAGACAUCAUGGACAACCCCGGUUCCAGCAGCCCCAGCAACGACGAGGCGGCCAUGGCCGUCAUCAUGUCCCUGCUGGAGGCGGACGCGGGCCUCGGCGGGCCCGUGGACUUCAGCGACCUGCCCUGGCCUCUGUGAGGACGCAACGGGGGGGUGAGGGGGGGGGGGGAUUCAGAGGCAACAAGUAUCCACCGUGGCUCGUUCUACCCGCAGAGAGUGAAGAGCGAGAGGAGCUGCUCCGAGGCUCACUGCUACAUUUUCAUCCGUCGUUCCCUGUAGGUGCACGUGACCCUGAUUUUCGUUUGGAUUUGAUGUGACUGAUGUGACUGACACGGGGGGGGGGGGGGUCCCCGACUGGUGGACUGAGCUGUGAGAGGUUCACACGCAGCUGAACAUCUUGACUGUACGCUCUCGUGUCCCUGUACUGUACAGACCCCCCCGUCCCCCCCACCCAAGAGUCAGCUGAUCUCCAGUAUGGGCAAAGGACCUAUCAGCUGAGAAGCAGGUGUAUUUCAGUCUGUUUACACGACAGCAGCGCGGCGGGUGUGUCCUCCUGCCACAGGCCGCUCCUCGCUGCUUCGCUAAUGCUAAUGCUAAUGCUAAUGCUCGUGCAGCUUUCGCUGUGGGAGCCAGUGAUCCAUUGGACUCGCUCGGCGGAGGUCUUCACAAUACCGGACCCCUUCCCCCCGUCAGAGAUGAAGCUCGAUGCCUCUGGACCAUAAGAGCUUCUCAAUCAGAGCCCCUCCCCCUCCACCCCCCCCCGCCAUCACUCAAAUUCUGUUCCAUCUGCUUUUUCAAUUGGACCAUGUGGAGCAAAUUCUGACAAAAACACAUUCUUCCGUCUUGACAAAUGACAUUUUAGAAAACAAUUGCUAAAACAGGCUGGACAUUUAUUUUUCUAUGCGUCCUUUCCAUCCAAAGCCCCGACGGUGACCACGCUCAGACCUCGAGGGUCCCUGAUCAUCAGGGGUUUGUGUUUCAGAAACACCGAGUGGGAUAUAAACUGGGCCCCGUUUAGUUUCCGUACCAGCAGAUGGUUUUUAAUCAUUAGAGGCUGAACAUCAGAGGAUCUCCUCUCUAAUUGGGGAUUCAAAGCGGCGGACCCUCCUGUGAGCGCUCACGGACGCGUGGUAACGGGACCGUUGACCAUGAAAUCCCUGCUGAGCGCAGGCUCCGCCCCCUGCCGUCCUCCUCCAAUCAGGGAAUCGGUUCCAGUAGUUUUGUUUUAUCGCUUUACGCUACACACUACAACGUUCCCCUUGUCGAUACACCCCUCCCCACAAUAAUGUAUCAGAUCUUUAGAUUACCAUGUUAAGAGUAUACUUUAUGCAAAUAUAUGAGUAUGAGUGUAUUCUAUGUAUCAGCAGUGAAAUAUUUUUAAAAUAAAAUGUUUGUCGUUAUGGACAAAGCGUA